UAUUAAUGUUUUCUCUGAAGCCACAUCUCAUCUGCGUCUUGUGGACAACUAGCUAGAGUCAUGGCCUUUUUGAGCAUGUAUCUUGUAGUUUUCUUGGUGUUGUUUGGUUGGGAUGUGAGAUACCAAGUUGAUGCUUUCCAAUCCAAGCCCACGGGUAGAAAUACUAGUAGAGGCUCUACUAGAACAAGCAUUGAGUCUUCUGUUUCCAGUCCUCAACCCGAUCCUAAUGCUGCUGACAGUCUCAGUCCUGAAGACAGUCAGUCCAGGUUGACUACUACUAGUACAUGCUCUACUAUUAAUAGUAGUAGGGAUGAAGAUGCUUCUACUGAAAACUUUUUGCUGCAGUUUGUGUCUGGUUUGACUCCCGCAGAGUUUGUGUUUUUGACGGGCAUGUUGCUCAUGAUGGCCACAAUCACUCCUCUCCGAUCCUCGGCCGUCGAUGGAAAUAUUGAAGCGGGACAACAGCUCUUUGACAAUAACUGCGCCUCUUGUCACAGAGGUGGACAGAAUAUCAUGAAACCUGCAAAGACUCUCCUACAAAAAGACCUACAAGCAAACCUAGGAAACUCCAAUCCGGACACUCUACAGAAAUUCUUCACAACAAGCACGCAACACAAAUUUCUAAACUUUCCAAAUGUGGAAGGAGGAAAACUGUCAGAAACAAACGUUGUUGAUGUCACCGCAUUCAUCUCGGAUCAAGCUCAGCAAGACAAGUGGAACUAAACAACCUCACUAGAACUUCUAUGAUAUCACUAUAGCUAGCAAAAUGAAUGAUC